AUGGACUGUGGUCUACCUCCCAACUCGACUCCAAGAGCUCACGAGCAAAGUACCGAGUAUCAAGCGUCCAAGAAGCGUCGACGGAAUCCCAUAGACGACCAGACCAUCAUCUCCCUCGCAACAAUUAGUCAAGCUCGUGACGGACUCCAGAGCACCAAGCCAAGACUCACCAACACCCACAAGGUUCGCAUGAUGAGAGCACUCGUGGCAGCUAUGGAAUGUGAACUUCACUGUCUCCAGUCCAAGUGGACUCAGCAGGUACCCGACGCAUGCACGCGGGAUACAGCACAACGCUGUUCGCUCGAGAAGUACGCCGCCAAACAGAGCGACAAAGUGCACCAAGAACUUCAAGAGAUGUUCCAACAGCAGCAGUUCCUGCUAGUCUCGCUCCAGACAGCCGUCCUGCGGAACUCCCUGCAUUCCAAUGGACGCGACAUCCUAAGGAACUCCACUUCGACAUUCGACUAG